AUGUUGUCAGACGGCUCAGAACCACCGGCUCACAUCGUAGAUGCCAAAGUAGGUGCUAGACACGGAUGCUCGUCAUCAGGACCCUCCAUCCACACAAUCAGUCCAAUCCUCGCGCUCCCUCUGGAGAUCCGUUUGAUGAUCUACCGUCUGUCUAUCGUCGCGGGAGGUCUCGCAAUCCUUAUCGCUUGCAAACUGAUCCAAAAAGAAGUCGCUCGGCGCCAAGAACUAUCGUACGCCAGAAGCCCGGCAAUCAAACUCACUUUCUUCGAAUGA